AGUAAGAGAUGAGAUUCCUUCGAUGGACUCUGAUGUAUCCCUGGCUGAUAGCGAUGAAGAUGGGGAGCUUUUUCUCUUCCAACGAGAUCAGUCCAACUUGAUUCCUGACCUGACGGAAGAAUUAGAAGACCUGCCGCUGGAAGAAUCAUACUUUCAGGAAACUUUUUCCUUUAUGAGACAUCCUCAGGAGACCUGGAAUGAAGAUCUGAGAAGGUCAGUUUUUCAGAACGAGGGGAUCCCUCCGUCCAAACCUAAGGGGGGGCUCUUGCUUGACCUCCGAUCUCAAAAUGAAGACGAGCCAAGACAAGAUGCCAUUAGUUCUUUGGAAAUCUCGAUCAACGAGCAACAGUUGGAUGAGGCUAUUUCAAGAGUCACCCCCGGAAAAGUGUGGGAUGGUAGUGAGGAAGAGCGGAGGAAGCUCAUAGAAACCAAGAUCCUUUCCAAAGCACCGUUGAGACCUCUUUCUGGCUCAGGCUCUCCAGAAUCCCAAAAUAAAAACGACGGAGGAAGAACGGCAGAAGUCAAAAAGGAGGAUGCAGUUUUCUCAGCUGAGCAUCCUCAGGGACUGACACUGUUUCACUUCAAGGAUAUUGAGAAAUGGGAUCUGGACAAACUUCUCAAGAAGCUGGAGAAGCAAAACAAGGCUACAAGCUGGCCAGGGGAAGCUGAAUCUCCUUCUUUGAGCCGUGAACAUUUUAGGGCUGUGACCCAAUCAAAGCUGAUGGCAAAACUGGAAGAAUUGUCUCGUAAGCAGUCGAAGGCAUUUCUCUCCCCCUGGCAGAAGCGCCCGCCCAAAUCUCCCUGCCUUGACAAAUGCCAGGGAGAUGCGAGAGACCUUUCUGUUUUGGCACCCAUAAAAAAUGGUCAGAGUUGGAUUCCGGCAGCUUUGUGCGUUCCGGAGCCUCCCACUGUAUAUAUUGAUUUAAGGGGCACCCUAUCUCAAAAGGUUGAAUCUUGGACCGAUGAAACAGAAAGCUUGAGCGACAGCUCCUCUGACGACGAGGAAGAUAUAAAAGGAACAACCCAAAGCAAAGAAGAAGGAAGGAUGGAUGAGUUCUCUUUGCCAUCACGGUAUAGCAAAAAUUGCACUGGGAAAUGUUCUCUACUGCAACAGCUCCGAACGUUUCGAAAACAGAUGUCUCAGUCGCCGGCUAAUGAACCAAACAAAAGAAGCCAAAAUCUCCAUCAAACCAACAGAACCAAUCAGCUGAAUGUCAGAACAACAAGGCGGAGUCUGAAAAACAGAGCUCCACCUUCCAUGACGACAGAAAAAAUGGAGUCUGAUGGAGGGGAAUCUCCUCCUCAGUGACUGCGCUAAGGGAGCAACUAAGCCUUUCGGAGAAUUCCAGAAAGAAAGCAAGGAAGAGACCUUUUCAGAACUGCUUUUCCAAAGAAAGAUGUCAACGAGUCAAGGUAUUGCAUGAAAAAUUCCUUGGGGGAGACCGGCGAUCUAGAAACAUGAAAUAUUAAUAAAAUAAAAAGCUUGA